AAAAAUGUCAUAUGAUCACAAUAAAGCUGAAUACUGUGAUGUAGUUAAACAUUCUCAUGAUGAAGACAGACAUCAUAAAGCAAAAAAUCACAAGCAUGUUGAAAGUGAUGAACCAAUUGAAGUGACUUUUGAAGAUGUGAGUGCAGCUGCAUUUAGAAUAAAAAAUGGAAUAAGAAAGACAAUAUGUGAGAAAUCUUGUGCAUUAUCAGAUCUGCUUCAAAUGGAUGUCUAUCUAAAGAGAGAUUACAUGCAAGUAACUGGCAGUUUUAAAGAAAGAGGCGCAAGAAAUACUCUAUUAAUGUUAACCAAGCAACAAAAAGCUGUUGGUGUUAUAGCUGCAUCAGCUGGUAAUCAUGCAUUAGCAUUAGCAUAUCAUGGAAAACAAUUGCAUAUCCCAGUUACUGUAUGUAUGCCUACCAAUGCUCCAAUUACUAAAAUCAGUAGAUGUAAAAAAUAUGGUGCCACUGUACAUACUGUGGGAUCAGAUAUUAUUGAGGCUAAAGAGUUUGCUUUAAAGAUUGUUCAAGAAAAAGGAUGUGUUUACAUUAAUGGAUAUGAUCAUCCCGAUAUAUUGGCUGGUCAAGGUACUUGUGGCAUAGAAAUUGUUGAGGAUGUUGAUGGAAUUGAUGCAGUUGUAAUACCUAUUGGUGGAGGAGGGUUGAUUGCAGGAUGCGCAGUUGCUAUUAAAAAUCUUCAGCCAGAUAUCGAAGUCAUAGGUGUUGAAAGCGAGAAGUGUGCAAGCUUCAAAGCUGCUUUAGAAGCGGGGAAACCAGUUAAAAUAGAUGCUGAUCAAUCAUUGACUUUAGCUGAUGGAUUGUGUGUUUCAAAAGUUGGAGAAAAUGCAUUUUUUACAGCUCGACCAUAUGUUGAUAAAGUCAUUUCAGUUAGCGAGUCAUACAUUGCUAUGGCAGUUCUACGCUUGGUUGAGAAUGAAAAAUGUGUAGUUGAAGGUGCUGGUGCAACAGGAUUAGCUGCUGCGUUUUCUGGUCAAUUAUCUCAUUUAAAGGGAAAAAGAGUUGUUUUUCUACUAUGUGGUGGAAAUAUUGAUUCAACUGUUCUUGGAAGAGUUAUCGAGCGUGGGUUGGCUGCUGAUGGUCGCUUAGUCAGAUUUUCUGCUGUAAUAUCAGACAGACCAGGUGGUUUAGUGGAGCUUACUAAGUUGCUAGCAGAACAUGGUGCAAGUGUUAAAGAUAUCUUCCAUGAAAGAGCGUGGUUACAAACAACAGUAUUCAAAGUAGAAAUUAAAGUGGUUUGUGAAGUACGCGAUUACGAACAUGGUUGCGAAUUGCGAAAGAAAUUAGAAAACAAGUACGAUGAUGUUAAAUGGUUGUCUUACGCUAUACAUGAUGAAUCCGAAAUUUAACAACUUAUCCGGAAAUAUUUUAAAAAUCGAAAAUUUUUACGUGUAUUUUUGUAAAUUCUAACAUUUUUAUUUAUAUAGGUA